GUUUUCCAUCCCAAUUGCUAUACUAACGACGCCGCCUACAAUGGUGGUGGAUACCCUGCGCAGAUCGGAAUCAACGGAUAAUUGAAGAAAAAAUGGAAGGCUGCCCAUUGUCGACGGAGAUACUGAUCGAGAUCUUCGCAAGAUUGCCGGUGAAUUCUCUUCUCCGAUUCAAGUGCGUGUGUAAAUUCAUGUACUCUAUGAUCAAACACGACCAUCAUUUCCACAACAAACACUAUGAGAUCAGUCGAGCUAAGAGAGAUUGCGUCAUUUUCGAGCGCGACUGCGAGGACUCCCCCUCGAGAUUCUCUUGCGGCGCACUAUUCAGCUCUGUUUACAGAGAUUCGGAUUCCGGCGAGAUGGGGUGUGCAGAUCUGAACAUGCCGAGUCCAUUCGUGAGGUUUGUGAAGUGCGCUGAUGGCGUCCUGUGUCUGGUUCUCGAUAGGUUUAGCUCUUCGGAGCGGUUUUUCGAUUUUCUGAUAUGGAAUCCGUCCACCAGGGAAACUAAGGCGCUGCCUUCCAUCAAAACGCCUGAAGAUUACCCUAUGAAACUUGAUUUUACUUUUGGGUUUGGGUUCUCUAAUGAAAUGGUUGGGAAAGUUGUGGUGGUUUGGAGCUCCACAGAUCAAUCUCCGGAAACCCGUGAAACUGUAUUGGUUUGUAACCAGGUGGGCGAUUCGUGGGGAUGGAGGCAAAUCGAAUCGUUCCCCCACAUACAAGACGAGUUUUGUGUGGAUAACUCUGCUGAUUUCUAUUCGCAAGGGAAGUAUUAUUGGUGUCUCCUAAUGUACCCAGACCAAAAGCCAGCCAAAGAAUAUCUGCUUUGGUUUGACAUUGGCGAUGAGGUUUUUGGGCUGGUUGGUUUGCCGGAUAAGCCGUUGGGAGGGUAUGGGAAUUGGGGGAGAAAAUGUGUGUGGACAGGGGAUGGGAUUAUUGCUCUGAUUUGCCAUAGAGAGAAUCUAUGGGAAGUUUGGUUUUUGAAAGAAAGUAACAACAACAACAACAGCAGCAACAAUGUGGGUUGGCAUAAAGAAGCGAGUUUUGACAUUUCCAGAAAGUGGAUUGAAUGGUUUCCUAUGAAGAUUUGGAAUCUAAAGCGUGAUUUGCUCAUCAGUGGCUGGUGCUUAGAUGAUUGCGGUGGUAUCACAAAGUUCCUUGUUUCCAUUGAUUUGGUAACUCGCGAAAAAAGAGUUAUUGAUAAUAUCUGUGCUCAUUCUGGGGUGUGUGUUGCAGUGUAUAGUGAAAGUCUAAAACUGCUUUGAGGAUGUGUUUGUAGCAGCAGCUCAAAUCUGUGUUUCAUUCGACCAAAACAAACUCUACUUUGCUCUUUCAAAGUGACCCUUUUCUGCCACAAAGGGUCCAGUUCCAUCUCAUAUCAGAGCUCUCCACACCACUUCCAUACCAUCAAGUGCACAAUCGGAGGUUUUUCUCGUUCUUCCUUUUUCACUUCACAAAUCUCUUCCUUGUUUGCUUGUUUGUUAAUGUUAUGUAUAUAGUCCUAUUUUGUGUUGUCUGGAAUCAUGCAUAAUAGAGUUCUUUUGUUGUACUCCCUAUUUUCAAGAAAUCAUGGUAUUUAUGAGACUUGGCAUUUAUUGCUAAGUUGCAGCAUUAUACAUACUUGUCAAAAGGACUGCUGAAAUCUUGGUCAAAAUGUGUGUAUGUGUGUAGUAACACUUCUGCAGUUGCUAAUAUAUUUGUCUCAUAUAU